AUGUGGUUUGGAAUUGGAGUUUGUUCUGCUCUCCUUACUGUCCUUUCUGUGUUUCUGAACCUGCUGGUGAUCAUCUCCAUCUCUCACUUCAGGAAGCUUCACACUCCAACCAACCUGAUUAUUCUCUCUCUGGCUGUGGUUGACCUGCUUGUUGGACUUAUUGUGAUGCCCAUAGAAGCCAUUAAACUGAUUGAGACAUGCUGGUACUUUGGAGAAACUUUGUGUGACCUGUUUAUGAUAAUCAUGGGACUGCUUAUCUCAACAUCUAUUUGUAAUUUAGUUUUAGUUGCUGUUGAUCGUUAUGUGGCUGUGUGUCACCCUUUGCUGUACCCACAGAAAAUAACGACAACUAAAACUUUAAUAAGCAUCUGUCUCUGUUGGUUUUUCUCCUCUACCUACAACAUUGGCUAUUUAAUAAGUGGCAGAUAUUUUGAAAGUUCCCAAAGACCAGACGUGUGCUAUGGAAAGUGCUAUUUAGUAGUAAGUUUUUCAUGGACAUUCACAGACCUGUUCUUUUCAUUUGUGUUACCUUGUUCCUUGAUUAUAACUUUAUAUUUGAGGAUAUUUUAUGUUGCACAUCAGCAAGUAAAACUUUUAAACUCUCUGCUGAAGAGUGGAAAAUGUGUAAUGGAAGGUUCAGUGAGGAGGAAAUCUGAGAGAAAGGCUGCAAUGACUUUAGGAAUCAUUGUGACAGCUUAUCUGCUUUGCUAUAUUCCAUACACUAUAUUGUCUGUAACAGGGACUACAGUAAUCUCUUCUGCCACAAUAACAUUUUUAAUAUGGACUAUGUAUGUUAACUCAAGUCUAAAUCCUCUUAUCUAUGCUUUAUUUUAUCGCUGGUUUAAAAUAUCAGUUAAACACAUCUUAACUCUUAAAAUAUUGGAGCCAUCCUCCGCUCUCAUGGAUAUUUUUACAGAUUAUAAAUAA